AUGUCAAUAAUCCAUUGGAAGAAAGCUUUUGAGAACUUUGCUUCAUUUAACCAGAAUAAUAAUCAAUCAAUCAGCAUUACAAUUAACAAUCAUGAAUAUUCUUCAACAAUUUUCUUUCUUUCAGCAAUCAGCAACAAACUGAAGAAUGAUUUAAAUGUUGAAACCAUUCCCACUAAUUAUACCUUUACAUGUACCAUCAGUGAUGAGAAUACAUAUAAAAUUCUAGAAGAUCUUUUUAAAGGCAAGUUGAUAAACAAAGUUUUGGAAGACAGUAUUAUUACUGAUUUAUUUGAAGUUGCAGUUGCAAUUGAAUGUCCAGAUUUAAUAGAUUAUUAUUAUGAAAAUUUUCAACUUUCUCAGUACACUUUAAAAAACUUUGAUAAGAACAUCACUUAUUUCAAGCACUUUGAAUUGAAAGAUGAAUUUAUUACAUUUGUAUCACAAAAUAUAAAUAAUAUUGGAAUUCCAACUUUAAUUCAAUGUUGCAGUAGUUUGGGAUACAAUUUUGCAGAGUUAAUUAUUAAAUCGUGUAUCAGCCAAUCAAUAGAUUGCAAUGAUUUUGUUAUUUCAUUAGUUGAAAAUAGUUUAUCUUAUUUCAAUUUAAUUCUUUUAUUAGAUGAGUCAAAAUUAAAUGAAGAAGCGAAAAUCAAAAUAAUUUCAUUCUAUUUUAAUUCUCUGAACAAAGAUGAAGUUAAAAAUGAAUCAAUCAUUGCAUAUAUCAACUCUUUCCUCCCAUCUUUGACAAAUCCAAGAAUUGAAAAUGAAAAGUUGAGAAAAGAAUCUGAAAUAACUAAAGAAGAAAAUGAGAAAUUACGGAAAGAAUCAGAAACAACUAAACAAGAAAAUGAUGUAAUAAGAAAAGAAUCUGAAAUAAAUAAAAUUGAAAUUGACAAACUAAAACAGGAAAUAGAAAUUCUCAAACGCGAAAUUGAGAAAUAUAAUCAAGAUCCAAACUCAUAUAAAAUUGAAAAUGACAAACUAAGAAAAGAAUUAGAUAUUGCUAAAAGAGAAAUUGCAGAUUAUAAAAAAGAUCCGAACGAAUAUAAGGAAGAAAAUGAAAAAGUGAGAAAAGAAUUAGAAACAAUUAGGCAAGAAAAUGAGAAACUAAGAAAAGCGAUUUAUAGUUCACAACAAGAGAUCGCAAUAUUAUCAAAAGAAGCAGAAAGUAAAAGUCGAACAAUUGCGGGCAUCUUAAGAAAUCUUGAAGAUCCUAAUAUGGACGAUGAACAAAAAUCCGAGCCAGUUCAUGUUCAUAAACCGGUUAAUUGCUUUCCUCCAAAACAUCAAAAUGGUUCAAAUCCUUUUUGUAAAAGACCUUUUGGUUCAAACACUUUUAGAGGUUCAAAUGACCCUUUUUAUUAA